GAAUUAUAACCAAAAUACUGGGCGAAAAGACCCGAAAACCAUGUUCCUUGUUUGCCCUCUCCCCAUGAUUAUAUUCACAAACUACAUCCUAACGCCGAAACUGCAGUUGGCUAGGCGAUUCGUUCCGUCCCGGAGCGUGUCAACCCUAAAACACUCCACCGCCUCUUUCAGAUUCUAACACUCUUAAGCCCUAAACCUGAAACAGCAUUUUCAAUCCCACAAUAAAAUUGAUUCCAUAAUCCGAAUAAAAGAAAUGGUUCAGCAAAAACCCAUCAAAUUUUUUUGCAUGUCGAGAGGAAAUCAAUAAGCCGUGAAGCGAUUCACAACGAUGCCAUUGUGGGCUCAAAGAGUUUCCAUUUCCAAGAUUUUCUCUACAGCUUUUCUCCAUGGUCACGCCCAGAUAGAGUCAUGCCUCUUCCACUCCUCCACUCCUUGGUUCGUAAAAGUAGUGUGUACUCUGUGUGUUCGUGACUCGCAGUUUCUCACUGUUUUUAAUUCGGAUUAUUUCUGCAAAAAUUUGAACCCUUUUAUAGCUUUCAGUGUUAUUCAACAUGUAAAUAGUAGACUAAAUAACCCCAGAUUGGCAUUUAGCUUCUUUCAAUAUACAAGGCUUCAUUUAAAUCUCAUUCAUUCGAUUCCUACUUUUGAGUUGCUUCUGAGGUCACUCUGCCAGGUGGGCCUGCACGAUUUGGCUAAUUUAUCAUAUGAAUACAUGAAAACAGAUGGAUUUUUCCCCAAUAGCUCGGUUUUAGAUUAUACAAUUUCGUCCUUUGUGAAUGCCGGCAGAUUUAGGACUGCCGAAGAAAUUUUGAUUUCACUAGCUGAGUUGUAUAUUGACAAAGAUGAGGUUGUUAGUUCUUUUGUAUGCAACAAUUUGUUGAGCUUGUUAUGUAAAAGAAAUCAGGUUGAUGAGGCAGUUGGUUUUUUUAGAGAGCAUAUUUUGAGUUUACGAGGGUUCUGCCCAGAUACAUGUAGUUUUAAUAUAAUUAUGAGGGGAUUGUGCAAAGUGGCAAACGUAGAUAAGGCUUUUGAGUUUUUUGAUAGUAUGAGGAGUUUUGAUUGUUUGCCAGAUCUUAUUACGUACAAUACACUCAUUAAUGGGCUCUGUACGGUUGGUAAUGUGGACAGAGCACAGAAGCUAUUGAGAGAAGUUCAAUCACAAGGUGAAUUUUUGCCAGACAUUGUGACAUAUACAUCAAUUAUUUCUGGAUACUGCAAAUUGGGUAAGAUGGAGAGGGCUGCUGAUCUUUUUGAUGAAUUGAGUAAUCGUGGGAUUAGGCCAAACUUAAUUACUUUCAACGUUCUUAUUGAUGGUUUUGGCAAAAAGGGAGAAAUGGUUUCAGCAUCGGAGAUAUAUGAGAGGAUGGUUGGUGGUGGCUAUCAUCCUGAUGUUUUCUCCUUCACCUCUCUCAUUGAUGGUCAUUGUCGGGCUGGUGGGUUAGAGCAAGGUUUGAAGCUGUGGGAUGAAAUGAAUGAGAGGAAUGUGUCUCCAAAUUUAUUUACUUUCUCUGUUCUCAUUAAUGCUCUGUGCAAGGAGAAUAGACUAAAUGAAGCUCGUGAUUUAUUAAGGCAGAUGCAAUGGAGGGAAGAUAUCAUUCCCCAACCAUUUGUAUAUAAUCCUGUAAUUGAUGGAUUUUCUAAGGCUGGUAAUGUAGACGAGGCGAAUGCUAUUGUCGCAGAAAUGGAGGUGAAAGGAUGCAGCCCUGAUAAGCUGACAUUCACCAUUCUUAUUCUGGGGCAUUGUAUGAAAGGAAGAAUGUCUGAAGCAAUAAGCAUUUUUGAUAAGAUGUUGACAUUGGGUUGUGUCCCAGAUAGUAUUACCACAACCUCUUUAGUAUCUUGCCUCAGAAAGGCAGGGAUGACAAAUGAAGCCUAUAAGAUAGAGCAACAUAUAUCAAAUGAUAUGCAGUCAGGUUUAUCAACUUCAGAGAGAAACAAACCAUUCAGGAGUAACAUGGAUAUUACUGUGGCUGUUUAGUUGAAAUCAUUAUCUUGCUUUGAGCUUAGCAUUUGUGCAAGGCCUCACCCGAACGCACUUCAGUCAUAAGCAUUUCAGCAUGUUCUAUUUACUCACCAGUGGCAUUGUAUUGAUUUUUUGAUUCAGGGGUUCUAAUUUUCUAUAUCGUAUCUCAAAGCUGAAUUUGGUGAUUUAUAUCUGUACCUGGAACAUGGGGAGAAAUAAUUUGCCUUGAGGUUUUCUUCAAUCUCCAUCUCUGUGUUACGCUGCGUGGCUGAUGGUUUACUCAUUCAGUGACUUUUGCUUUAAGAGGCACAAAAUCAUUCAAUCUCAAUGGAUUCAGCAGGCGCUUUGAAAAUUUCUGGACUUUUAGCAUCCUCGUGCAUUCAUGCAUCCCAGAAAUGGAAUUUGAUAAUAUUGCAUGCCUUUAUAUGAAACGUCCCUCCUUUUCUUCCCUGACGGUGACUCCAAAGUUUACAAGGACACCAUCUCCCUCUCUCACGAUGGCAGGAGGGGAAGGAGAUCAAAUUACAUAUUGUUGAUUGGAAAGAAGAAAGGGGAUGGGGGUGUUACUUUGCCAUAUCAAUACCUUGUUGUGGAAUGGAACUUCAAAUAAAAAUGCAUUAAAGAGAAAAAGGUCUACUAAUUUAAACUCUUGUUUGUUUGAUCAUGGUGCAGUAACCAUAGACGACAAGUCAAUGAACUGAAUGCCAUCGAUUCAUAUAAGAAAAAGAAUAAUGCUAGAUGUAUAUUUUGGUUGACAACUUCCUUGACAUCCUCCCAUGUUGAAGAAAUUGGACAGUGAUGUGAUGGUUGCGGUCAAAAUCAGUGGUGCAGAUCUAACCAUAUAGAGAAGAGUGUAAACUAGAGUGUAAUUCAUGAUGUAGAUGUAGCAUGGUUGAUAACAAAGUCAUUAAGAUCACAGUGGAAAGGAGGUGUGUAAGUCGUAUUUUUGCCGUGCAUGUGAGUUUCUACUUUUCUUUUCAUUUAUUAAGCAAUGUUUAUUUCAUUGUUGAUUCA